AUGUCGAAAAAGUAUACACGUGAAGCUCUUGCCAAUGCCGUAGCCAGCGACCUUAAUUCUAAAGCUGCUGCGAUAGACUUCAAUGUUCCUGCUAGUACAAUUCGACAACAUCGUCGUGAACCAUCGCUCAAUAUCCGUACCGGUCGUCCGUCAUACUUAACAUCCGAUCAAGAAAAUCACUUCGUUUCUCUACUAAAAAUUCUUCCAGACUAUGGUUUCGAUGUAACAAAAGAUCUGGCUCUUCAACUUGCUGCUGAUUAUUUUUAA